ACGCUGUUCAAGCCCUCCUUCAUCUCCCCGUGGGACAUCUCCCCCCCCCCUGAAGUGCCGCCCUCCUCCUCCCUCCCCAUCCCCUCCUCCCUCCACACAUCCGCCUCCACUACUGAGCUCGCCCCCUUCUCCUCCCGCCACCACCACACUCCGCACUUCCCCUCCUCCUCCCUCCCUUCCCCCUCCUCCCAGACCUUCCGCUCCCCUCCUCCCUUCCGCAGCAACCAGGCUUCCGACGAGUGUGACGGGCCUGAUCGCUGCACGCUUAGCCACACUCACUCCCACACACACUCGCACUCCCACGCGCACGAGCAUGCACACAGACAAGGACUGACCCAGUCCCACGCACACAUGCACGACAACCCCACCAGCAGCCCACCUUUCAGCAGCGACCUACUCACCCCUACGUCUAGAAGCAUCCCAGGCCCAUCCCCCUCCCCCUGGCCCUCCGCUUUCCCCUCCCAGCCCCCCCUCCCCUCUCCCACCGCACACACACGCCCUCCCCAAAGUAUGCCCCCCUCCUUUUGCCCUAAUCUGCAACACACGGCUGCAGCCGCUGCUGCCGCCGCUGCUGCUGAUAGGGGUGCUGGUUCAGCAGACAGGCCGGUCAAUGAGUGCAUGCCACGUGGAGCCUCCUCACAGGCCGACUGGCUAGCCCUUGGGCGGCAGGGAGGAGGAAAAUCUCAGGAGAGGGGAGAGGGGGGAGCGGAGAUGGGAGAGGGGGGAGAGGAGAGGCAGGUGGAGGGGCGGAGGGAGAAGAGAGCACUGAACGCCGUGGAGCUUUCCUGUGAGGGCUCGCCAGAUGGCAGGAAGCCAUCCAAUGAGAGCUCGCCAGCUGUCAGGACGCCAUGCAAGGAGAGCUCGCCAGGUGGCAGCCAGCGAUCACGAUCGUCGUCACAGCGCGAGCACCAGCACCAGCACAACCAUCCGCAGCAGCGACAGCUGGAGCAAGGAGAGGAAAGACACGGCAACUCAAAGAAGAUGAGAGUGAAGGUGUUCAAGGAGGGCACCCUCAUCGCGCGCACCGUCUACCUCUCGCUCUUCUCCGACUUUCCCUCCCUCUCCGCCCACAUCGCCGCCAUGUUUGGCCCUGCUCUCAAGGCAGGCCGGGGAGGGGCAGGCCAGGGGCACGACAUGGUAGCCGAUGGAAGCCCCGGGAAGGCUGGCACUGCCGGUGCUGUUGCUGCCGGUGCUGCUGCUACCGGUGCUGGUCAACGGGAAGGUGCUGAUGCUUCUGCUGCUGCUGGUGCUGCUUCUGGUGAUGCUGCUGGUGGUGCUGCUGCUAGUGAUGCUGCUGGUGCUGGUUCUGCUGCUGGUGCUGCUGCUGGUGCUGGUUCUGCUGCUGGUGCUGGUGCUGCUGCUGGUGGUGGUUCUGCUGGUGGCUCUGCUGGUGGUUCUGAUGCUGGUGCAAGUGAUGCAGGUGAUGCCACUGAUCUGCUGGCGGGGUGGCACUUUGUGUAUGAAGACAGCGAUGGGGACACGCUGCUUGUGGGCGAUGGAACAUGGAGCGACUUCUGCAAGCAUGCAAGGGUCCUCCGACUCGUCCGAGAUGAAUAAACGUGUGUUCCAACAGGGGUUUUUUUGCAUCUCA